CACAUAGCACCAUGUUCCAGUCAAAUGCUUUAGCAAAGGCUGCUGUUAUGAAAAGGAUUUUCUAAUAAGGGGAAUAAUGAUCUUCAGAUUCUGACCUCCUGGCACGGCAGUGAGAUUUAUCAGGAGGGGCAUGUGACUAGUUAAGACACACAGCCCCAGCUUGAAGGAAACAGCUGCUCAUUUCAUGCUUUAGCACUUGGCAGCUGGACAAGGAAGGGUGAUGUUUGUGUUGAAUACCUCUGCAGAACCAAAUACAAUGUUCCACUCAGAGUAGCAGUGAGCUUGUGCUGAAGAGUCUGGAGUGUGGAAAGUGUGUGCAGGAACAGGAUCUCCAAGAUGAGCAAGGAUUUUCCAUUCCUUUUGAAGUAUAUUUUUCUCCCCAUGACUGAAACAGGUAUAUGGUUUUCAAUGUAGAAAUCAGUCUUAGAGGCUAAUAUUUAGAUUUUCCCUGAAGUCCAGCUGAGAACACAACCUACAAAAUAAAGUGAAAAAGCUGUGCAGCUGAAGAGGCAGCAUUCUACUUGAUGAAAAUGUCCCUUGUUUUUUGACAACGACUAAAGGACAAUGGGGUCAAACACACUUGGGAAGGCUGCAACUUUGGAUGAGCUUUUGAACACUUGUAUUGAAAUGUUUGAUGACAAGGGAAAUAGGUGCUCCAACCCUUUGCCAAGAACUUUUCUUUUAAUGCACCGGUGGUAUCUGCCUUCCACAGAGCUGGCUGGCAAGCUUCUGUCCACAUAUAGAGAUGCCAAUGGGGAGAACUGCAAUGAAUUCAGAUUAAAAAUCUGUUACUUCAUGAGAUACUGGAUUCUGGAAUUUCCUGCAGAGUUUAACUUGGAUCUUGGGCUGAUUCGUUUGACUGAAGAGUUUCGAGAAGUAGCCAGUAAGCUUGGAUAUGAGGAUCACAUCCACCUUAUUGAUAUCUCCAGCAUUCCUUCCUAUGACUGGAUGAGAAGAGUUACACAGAGAAAGAAGGUUUCCAAGAAAGGAAAAGCCUGCCUGCUGUUUGACCAUCUGGAGCCCAUUGAGCUAGCUGAGCAUCUUACUUUUCUGGAGCAUAAAUCUUUCAGGAGAAUUUCUUUCACAGACUACCAAAGCUAUGUGAUCCAUGGCUGCUUGGAGAACAAUCUUACUUUGGAGAGAUCUAUUGCUUUAUUUAAUGGUAUCUCCAAAUGGGUCCAGCUCAUGGUUCUCAGCAAACCAACACCCCAGCAAAGGGCAGAAGUAAUCACAAAGUUUAUCAAUGUUGCACAGAAGCUCCUUCAGCUCCAGAACUUCAAUACACUGAUGGCAGUUGUGGGAGGUCUAAGCCACAGCUCUAUUUCUCGUCUGAAAGAAACUCAUUCUCAUCUCUCUUCAGAAGUCACAAAGGACUGGAAUGAAAUGACAGAGCUGGUCUCUUCCAAUGGAAACUACUGCAACUACCGCAAGGCUUUUGCUGACUGUGUUGGCUUCAAAAUUCCUAUUUUAGGAGUUCAUUUGAAAGACUUGAUUGCUGUCCAUGUAAUUUUUCCUGACUGGAUAGGUGAGAACAAAGUUAACAUAGUGAAAAUGCAACAGCUUUCCAUCACCUUGAGUGAACUAGUUUCCCUGCAGACUGCCUCUCAUCAUUUAGAGCCUAAUAUGGAUUUAAUUAACCUGCUAACCCUGUCCCUGGACCUCUAUCACACUGAAGACGAUAUCUACAAGCUCUCACUGGUGCUGGAACCAAGGACCUCCAAAUCUCCUACCUCCCCGACAACCCCCAACAAGCCAGUAGUGCCACUGGAGUGGGCAUCUGGAGUGGUACCAAAACCUGACCCUACAGUCAUUAACAAGCACAUACGAAAGCUGGUGGAUUCUGUCUUCAGGAAUUAUGAUCAUGACCAUGAUGGCUAUAUUUCUCAGGAAGACUUUGAAAGUAUAGCUGCCAACUUCCCCUUUUUGGACUCUUUCUGUGUGCUGGACAAAGACCAAGAUGGUCUUAUAAGCAAAGAGGAAAUGAUGGCUUACUUCCUGAGAGCUAAAUCACAGUUCCAAUGUAAAAUGGGACCAGGGUUUAUUCAUAACUUUCAGGAGAUGACCUAUCUUAAACCAACUUUCUGUGAGCACUGUGCAGGAUUUCUCUGGGGCAUAAUCAAACAAGGCUACAAAUGCAAAGACUGCGGUGCCAACUGCCAUAAGCAAUGCAGAGACCUGCUUGUGCUAGCAUGCAGGAAAUUUUCCAGAGGAACCUCAGUAGGUAGCAACCACGGCUCUCUGCCUAGCAGUCCAUCCCUGCCUCCAGUCCAAGAUGACGUGUUUGAGUUUCCCAGCGUGGCUGCGGAGCAUCAGGACCUCGAUGGCAGAGCGAUCACCCUCGUCACUGGCUCUUCACGGAAAAUUUCGGUGCGGCUGCAGAGGGUGACCACCAGCCAAGCCACACAGACAGAACCACUCUGGCAUGAGCCAGGCUGGAACGAUUCCGGCUCCCAUACCUUCCCCAAAAUGAAGUCCAAAUUCCAUGGCAAAGCUGGGAAGAACAAAGGCUUUGCAAAAUGGGAGAAUGAAAAGCCCAGUGUGCAGGCUGAUAUAGAGCCAGAAGCUGAAGCCCCACAACAUAUACAGGAUCACAAUGGAAUUGAAACCCUCCCAGAAACACAGGAAUCUGAGGACAGCUGAUUGCUCACCGUGAAGCACAGAAAAAUGAAGAUGGCAACGAUAACACAGCAAGUGUUGAUGGACUGUCACAGACCAUUCUUGCCCAUGAGAAGUCUUCCUGUACCUCGUACACUUAAAUUCAACCGUUGCC